AUGACAUCAUACACUAAGAUCUACAGCAUGACAUCAUGCACUAAGAUCUACAGCAUGACAUCAUGCACUAAGAUCUACAGCAUGACAUCAUGCACUAAGGUCUACAGCAUGACAUCAUGCACUAAGGUCUACAGCAUGACAUCAUGCACUAAGGUCUACAGUGUGACAUCAUGCACUAAGGUCUACAGCAUGACAUCAUGCACUAAGGUCUACAGCAUGACAUCAUGCACUAAGGUCUACAGCAUGACAUCAUGCACCAAGAUCUACAGCAUGACAUCAUGCACUACGGUCUACAGCAUGGCAUCAUGCACUAAGGUCUACAGCAUGACAUCAUGCACUAAGGUCUACAGCAUGGCAUCAUGCACUAAGGUCUACAGCAUGGCAUCAUGCACUAAGGUCUACAGCAUGGCAUCAUGCACUAAGGUCUACAGCAUGACAUCAUGCACUAAGGUCUACUGCAUGGCAUCAUGCACUAAGGUCUACAGCAUGACAUCAUGCACUAAGGUCUACAGCAUGACAUCAUGCACUAAGGUCUACAGUAUGACAUCAUGCACUAUGGUCUACAGCAAGACAUUGUGCUCCAAGGUCUACACAGCAUGA